CCUCGUUUUUGAAUCACACUGACCACUUCCCAUAACUGACUACCGCUCUUACUCCAUAACACCUGACCUUCUGCCGCUCCAUUGUCCCCAAAUUUGAGUUACAACAUCUCCUUCAUCCUGCGACCUCAAACACACACUCCUACUUCGCCCACAUGCCGACCAUCAUGACAACGCUGAUGGCUUCGCUUCUUUGGCUACUUGCCUACCUGAGCUGUGUUUCAGCGGUUCCCGUCGAGGUGUUUGCCAGCAACGACACCUCCAUAGUCAGGCGCGGCACCACAAAUGCACUGCAAUACCCAUACUCCCUCCAACUCCUUCUUAGCGUCGUUGGGGUCCACCAAUACCGCUGGUUCAUCUACCAAGGCCCUCAAGGUAUCGCUGUCGAUCCCUGUGAGGAUCAUGACGGCCAGAUGCCUGCGGAAUUCAAGCGCGUCUUCUAUGGUGUGAUGUUCCAGGAUGAGGAUGAUGCUAUCAACCAUCCCCCGUUUCCCGAUCGCAAGGUAUACACCAAGAUCGAAUACUCUAAUUACGAUGACUGCAAGUACAUAGGCACGGGUAUCGAUGCUGGGCAAUUCCGAUGUGGAGACCACUACAUCAUUGAUUGCGCGAAGGACCCUAGAUACGAUGAGGCUACUAUCAAGUGUGAUGAUGAUCAGCUGCCGAAGUUCCAUCGAGGGUAUAAUUGCGAGUUCUAAGCGGUUAUGCCCAGUGCCCAUAAGGCGAUGGCGAAGGGCGUGAGAUAGAUGUAGAUCUCUCACCAGUCUUGCGCACUGACUAUCUCCUAAAAUUCGAAUCUCUCAC